UGAAUUAAGUAUUGAGAACUGGAUUAUGCCUGCUGUUUAUGCUGGCCAUAUUUCUCAAGUAGCAUGGCUUCACCCACCCUGGGCUCAGCAGAUCUCAGAAGGAAAACACCAUUUUUUAAUUGGGAAAGAUAUGUCAACAACUACAAUCAGGGUUACAGGUACAGAUCAUUACUUUUUAAGUGACGGUCUUUAUGUCCCUGCUGAUCAGCUAGAAAACCCGAAGCCGUUAAAUUUACAUGUCAUUCUCAUCAAUCCUACUGAAGCAUCAAACAGCCAGGAAGAAAAUGGUGAAGCAGCAUCUGCUAAGAGACUGAAGUUAAAUACAGAUGACACAGCAAGCACCACUUCUGCCUCUUCAUCAGUGGCUCCUGGUCACCUUGAUCACAGCACCCCAAGUCUGAAGAAAAGGGAAUUACAAAAUGCAAGUGCCCCGAACAAGGCAGAAACGUUGUCAGAGUGCUCAGCCUCAAGCUCUCUCAGAAACAGUGAAUGUCCAAUAAGGGAAGUCAUUGAAGAUGUCUGCCAAGUACUGCAGAAAGGGGAUGCAUAUGUUUUAGACAUUGAUUUAGAUUUUUUUUCAGUUAAAAAUCCAUUCAAAGAAAUGUACACACAGACAGAAUAUGAGCUUUUGCAAGAGUUGUACAAUUUCAAGAAGCCUCAUAGAAAUGCAACAGAGGAGGGCUUGCUGGAUUGUGUUGAAAACCGUGUUCAUCAGCUAGAAGAUUUGGAAGCAGCAUUUGCAGAUUUGUGCGACAGUGAUGAUGAAGAGACCCUACAGAAGUGGGCUUCGUAUCCUGGGAUGAAGCCACUUGUUCAACUAGUUCACAGUUUGAAAACCAGGAUGGAAAGCCCAGACUAUGAAAUGGUCCAUCAGGCUGGUCUGACCUGUGAUUAUAUGGAGCUUCCUCACCAUGUUAGCACUGAAGAGGAGAUCGAAGGCCUCAUACAGUCCGUUAAAAUUCUACUAAAAGAUAUGCCUAAGCCCACACUUGUGACAGUUGCUCGAUCAAGUUUGGAUGACUAUUGCCCUUCAGAACAAGUUGACAUCAUUCAAGAGAAGGUUCUCAGUUUACUAGGUUCAGUGUAUGGCACUCUGGAUGUGCACUUAGAUUACUCAAGCACCUCAUCUUCUUUGUGACCCUUCUUCAUAAAUUGCCCUCUAAUGUAGUGGAUUAAUUGAAGUCACGUAUUAGCUAUGGUUGCAAGGGGAAAAAUACUGUUGUUUCAGCAGGUGGCACUAGAACCCAAGCUGACCAAGAGCUAGUUUUGAGUUGCAUUGCUUUCUCCAGAUCAGCUGCACCUGAACUCUGUUACUGUUUGGCUUUGUUCAGAUUAGUUCCAUGAUUGUUAUUUUACUGUUUUCCUUCUUCUUAAAAUUGGUGCAAGAGUAA